AAGCCAUGGCAGACACAAGGCUCUUAAAACACAGGGACAUUCUGUGUCUGUUUGAUGUGGAUGGGACCUUAACCCCUGCAAGGGAGAAGAUAGACCUGGCAGUGGAUCAAUUUCUGCAGGAGCUCCGCCAACGAGUGAAGAUUGGAGUGGUCGGAGGAUCUGAUUAUUCUAAGAUUGCAGAGCAGCUCGGAGAAGGAGAUCAGGUGGUUUACAAGUUUGAUUAUAUAUUUGCUGAAAACGGGACUGUUCAAUACAAGGAUGGCAAACUCCUCUCCAGACAGGCCAUCCAGAACCACCUUGGUGAAGAAUUGCUCCAAGAUCUUAUCAACUUCUGCCUCAUGUACAUUGCGCUGCUCAAACUGCCAAAGAAACGAGGAACAUUCAUUGAAUUUCGCAAUGGGAUGCUCAACAUUUCACCCAUCGGGCGAAGCUGCACUCGAGAAGAAAGGAUUGAAUUUUCUGAGUUAGAUAAGAAAGAGAAAAUCCGAGAGAAGUUUGUAGCUGCACUACAGAGAGAAUUUGCAGGGAAAGGGCUGAGAUUUACAAGAGGCGGGAUGAUCAGUUUUGACAUCUUCCCUGAAGGUUGGGACAAACGCUGCUGCUUGGAUGUUCUAUCUGCGGAAAAAUUCAGCAGCAUUCAUUUCUUUGGCAAUGAGACAACACCGGGUGGAAAUGACUACGAGAUCUACACUGACCCACGUACAAUAGGACAUACUGUGGUUUCCCCCGAGGACACUGUACAGAGGUGCCAGGAGAUUUUCUUCUCAGAAAGAGACAAUGAAGUAUGAUACUGCUUCUAGGGCCGUGUUAAUGUGUACAGGUGACAAAACUGUCUUUUUAUUGUACCAGGACCAAAGAGUUGCUGUGAUAGAGAUGAGAUGGACUGUUCUAACCAUGACAAAUAAUCACAAGCAGAACCAAAAGCCACCACUUUACCUUUGUUCAUCUACUUGAAAAUAUACAUGGCCAUGAUGUAAAUAUUAUCUGCAGUACUACAAAAACUAGAGGGAUCUAGAUGUGUAUUGGAGAAUUGUCACCUAUACUAAUAGGGAAGAAAGGCUUCAGGAAAAGGUUGCAAACCUGUGUUUCACUAUAAAGACCUUUCUUCUGGUUGCUGUGAAUUCUACAUUUGCUAUAGAGCAAUGCUCACACUGUAUGAAGGCAAAUGUUGAUGUUCUUCAAUAACAUAAUGGAGAACAUCUGAUCCCACUGGCAUUACAGGCCACACUCCCCUGAUGAUGUGAAGUUUAGGAUGAAAUCAAGGAAGUAACUCCUAUAUGAAGUGGACAAAUUGAUCCUGUCGUGAUUAAUUAUAUAAUAGUGAGAAAUGAAGUACAUUCAGGAAGUGUAAAACCAUGCCCAUCUCCAUGCCUGCCCACUGGCAGUUUGACAGGGUUCAGGAUAUUAUAAGCAGUCUACAUAAACAUGGCGUGGUAUUUAUUGAGAAUCUUAUCUCAAAUUGCACGGUAUGUGAUCAGUGAUGCUUAAUUAUGACCUUCAAUAAUCGCAGUUUGUAAGAGAACAAGUGGAGUCACAGCUAGUGUUAUAGUGCUGCCAGUUAUUUGACGUUUACUCCAUUCAGAUAGUGUGAGGCAAAUGAAAUGGGAAUAUGGUUGCUACAUGACUGGUAAAAGUGAUCUUUGUUGCCAAUGUUAAUAAUAGGGAAGAAAGUGAACAGCAAUGGGAAGGCCGGUAGAGUUUUUUGCAUAAAAGUAGCAACCCUAUUUCACACCCCUACUACAAAAUAUGUAACAAUUGCUGAAAUGAGAGUAACAUAGUAAGUAAGGUUGAAAAAAGACACACGUCCAUCAAGUUCAACCUUUUAGUUAUUUUUUUUUUAUCUGCCUAACUGCUAGUUGAUCCAGAGGUAGGCGGACAAAAAAACAUCUGAAGCCUCUCCAAUUUGCCUCAGAGGGGGAAAAAAUUCCUUCCUGACUCCAAAGUGGCAAUUGGACUAGUCCCUGGAUCAACUUGUACUAUGAGCUAUCUCCCAUAACCCUGUAUUCCCUCACUUGCUAAAAAGCCAUCCAACCCCUUCUUAAAGCUAUCUAAUGUAUCAGCCUGUACAACUGAUUCAGAUAGAGAAUUCCACAUCUUCACAGCUCUCACUGUAAAAAACCCCUUCCGAAUAUUUAGGCGGAACCUCUUUUCUUCUAAUCGGAAUGGGUGACCUUGUGUCAGCUGGAAAGACCUACUGGUAAAUAAAGCAUUAGAGAGAUUAUUAUAUGAUCCCCUUAUAUAUUUAUACAUAGUUAUCAUAUCACCCCUUAAGCGCCUCUUCUCCAGCGUGAACAUCCCCAAUUUGGCCAGUCUUUCCUCAUAGCUAAGAUUUUCCAUACCUUUUACCAGCUUAGUUGCCCAUCUCUGUACCCUCUCUAAUACAAUAAUGUCCUGUUUGAGUGAUGGAGACCAAAACUGUACGGCAUAUUCUAGAUGGGGCCUUACAAGUGCUCUAUACAGUGGAAGAAUGACCCCCUCCUCCCGUGACUCUAUGCCCCUUUUAAUACAGCUCAAGACCUUAUUUGCCCUUGAUGCUGCUGACUGGUAUUGCUUGCUACAGCCAAGUUUAUCAUCUACAAGGACUCCAAUGUCCUUUUCCAUUAUGGAUUUGCCUAGAGCAGCCCCAUUAAGGGUAUAAGUGGCUUGGAUAUUCUUACAUCCCAGGUGCAUGGCCUUACAUUUAUCAACAUUGAAUCUCAUUUGCCACUUAGCUGCCCAGACUAACAGUUUUUCAAGAUCCUGUUGCAAGGAUGCCACAUCCUGGAUGGAAUUAAUUGGGCUGGAUAGUUUUGUGUCAUCUGCAAACACUGAAACAUUACUUACAAUACCCUCCCCUAAGUCAUUAAUGAACAAGUUAAAUAAAAGUGGACCCAAUAGCCAUCCACUAAUAGACUAUUAUGCUAAUAUGCACUAUCUGCCCUAAAUUCCAGGGAACCUGUGACCACAGUCCUAGCCCAUUUAAAAGCCAAUCAGAGUUGCCGGCACUGCGACAAUAUUUUAAAGGUAAAAGUUGGGUCAGGGAGAGGGACAAUGAUGCAGCAGACCUUGCGGCCCGGGCCCCCCUGUUGCUCGGGGCUACCACAGCCGCAGGGUCUGCUGUAUUGAUAGUUACGCUAAUGUUUGCCCAUAUUCACUACUUAUGUCAGAAUAUCUAUUCUUUUAUAUUUAGCACUGGGAUGAGCCAUAGAGGCUGAGUUUUGGGAUAGUAACUAACUGCCAAUGUGAAUUUUGUAAAUUACAAAACCUAUUAACACAUGAAAGCAAUCAUUUGUAUUUUCCUAUGCCAAAACCCAGAUGUAAGACAGUGGGUUCAUUUAACAACCAAUCUGAUUGUUACAUUCAUUUCUCUACUUGCAGCUGGCUUUAAAAAGCAAAUCACUGAUUUUUGGUAUGGGUAACUGCCCAUGGGCAAAUUUGCUCAGUGUUGAUAAAUAAGCUGCAAAACAUACUGGCAC